AUGUUUCCGGUAACUGAAAAAUUUAUCCAGACUCAAUUUGUAAGUUGAAUUGAAACAUUAUUUUUUUAUUUCAAUUUUUUUCAGAACGAAGAAGUUCCUAAAUUGAAAAUUCCUGAAAUCAACGAGAAAAAACAUCAUUUCAAACUCAAAACAAAUACUAUGGAUGUGAUUGGAUAUUAUCCUCCGGAAAUCGGUUAUAAAUAUUUAGAAUCUGGAACCACAGUCACAUCAAAUGGUGGAGAAAUACGUUUUAAAGGAGGUUUCAAAGUGAAAUUUUUGUUUUUCGUAUUUCAUGGUAGUUUAACUGUAGUAGUUGGAGAUAUGCGAAUGAAAACUGUAUUGUCGUCAUUUAUGUCAGAUGGAAAGUAUCAAAUUCGUGUGAAUUCUUGUGAUAUUGCAAUAAAUAAAAUGGAUAUACAAUCUUCAGGAGGAUUAUUUGCGAAAAUUGUCAAUAUGUUUUUGUCAUCAGUAUCUAAUAAAAUCCGAAGAACAAUCAAUGAAAGAGCUUGUUCUAAAGUUCAGGAAAAUAUUAACAAACUCAAUGAUAUUUUACGAAAUUCCACAACUAUUGAUAUUGGAAAACGAUUUCAACUCAAUUAUGAAUUGAUUAAACAACCAGUUUAUACAAGGUAUGUUUCCUUUGAAACGUAUAAUGUCGUUUUCUUUUUAAUUUCAGCAGCUCUGUUGAGUUCGAAAUGAUUCUAAAAAUGAUAUUCGAUCGGAAAGAAUUUCUAUUAAUAAAUCGAGAAGUUGACUUGUCAAAUCAAACAAGUGAUUCUUCAAUGUUAGAAAUUUCAAGUUCCAGUUUGUUUUUCAAUGACUUGCUGGAUCUUGCACAUCAAAACAAUAUCUCCAAAUUCGAAAUAACUAAAGAUAACGAGAAAAUCGCAUCAUAUCUUCAAACAACUUGCAAACCUCUUACAGUUUGUAUUGGAGAUUUCAUUCCGAAACUAGGACAAUUGUACCCGAAUAGCUUUGUUGAUGUAUUGAUUCAUACAAAAUCAAAUCCAUAUUUAAAAUUCACUGGAGAAGGAAUCAAAUUGAAUAUGGGUUUAUUAGUGGAUAUAUAUAUAAAUUCAAUAAAUAAUAAUUCUGGCAUUCUAGCCAGAUUUUUAGUAACACCAUCAGAAAUCACACUGAAUCCUGUCAUAUCGAAAUCAAAAUUAUUUAUUGAUAUUGAACAAGGUAUAACCUACAAAAUUGAUAAAGUAUUUUCAAAAAUUGGAAGUAUAACAGACCCGUAAGUCAAGAACUUCUAACAUUCAUAAGAUCAGUGGAUUUUUUCAGAGUUCUACAAACAUUGUCAACGUUUCUUGACUACGCCACAAGAUCUUUGAUUGUUGGAUAUUUCGGAAAAGGAUUUGAAAUUCCCAAAUGGCACAAAUUGUCAAUAGCAGAUCCAAGCAAAAUUCUAACAUUUGAGGAUAAAAUAUUUUUCGACACUGAUAUAAGGAACUUAUGA